AUGUCUAAUGACGAGCUGCGACGACUGUCCAAGCAAGAACGGCAAUUGCGAAAUGUGAUGGACGUGAUGAAGGACUUCGUUCGAAACUACCAAGAACACCUCGAUAAGGGAUCUUUGGCAGCACGAAUUCAGAAACUGGAUGAAAUCUACGAUUUAUUCUGUGAAGUUCGAAUGCGCAUCGACCUGAUAUUGGAGGAUACAGACUUUGACGAAGAUUUCGUGGAUCCUGAUGAAUCUGAAGAAGAUCAUGCGGUUAGGACGGCGAGAACGAAGGCAAAGAAGGAGAAUGAAAAGGUUCUAAAAGACUUCAUCAACGAGUACUUCGCAAUAAAUGAUUCCCUCCGGAUCGAGUUCCAGUGUGAGCUGAAGCUUCCAACAUUCGGUGGACACUUGAGAGAUUGGAUCACCUUCAGGGACACCUUUAAGAAUCUGAUUUCAGACAACGCACAGCUCACUGAGAUUGACAAGUUCACCUACCUUCGUACGUCGUUGUCAGGGGAAGCUCUGCAAGAAAUUGGAUCGAUAAAACUGUCAGCGGCGAACUAUUCGAUAGCUUGGAAGUCGUUGGAGUCCCGGUAUGAAAACAAAAAACUUCUUGUAAAAUCUCAUCUCGACGCGCUGUUAUCGAUCGAACCUAUGAAAAGGGAGAGUUUUGAAUCCUUGAACCAUGUGAUAAAUGAUUUCGAUAAGCAUUUGCAGAUGCUGCACAAGUUGGGUGAAAAUACCUUUGAAUGGAGUACAAUAUUGGCACAUAUACUAGCGAGUAAGCUGGACACAACAACACUACGCUUGUGGGAAACAGAACACCGAUCACGAGAAGUGCCCAGAUAUACCGCCAUGUUGGAAUUUCUUAAAAACCACUGUAUUGUUCUACAAUCCGUUACUCCCGAACGAUUCAGUUCCCAGCAACAUGAUUCCAAGAAGACAUCACGGGCGUUCAAUAGCUAUGCGGGGUCAACUCAAACAACGUGUCCAUUCUGCGGCGAGCCUCAACAUCAAAGUUUCCAGUGUAAGAAGUUCAAAUCCAUGAAGAUGGAGGAGAGAAGAAACGCGGUGAAAACUGGUCGACUGUGCUUUAACUGUCUAUCUCGAGGUCACAUUUCCAAAUCAUGCUCUCGCAGUUCCUGUCGAUUGUGUGGACAACGACACCACACGAUGCUGCAUCAAGGUUCAACCCAGACUGGAAGCAAUUCAUCAACUGCACAAUCGAAUAAGCUACCGCAAUCGCAGCCGAACUCGCAAAACCCACAUUCGACCCAGACACCCUCAACCUCAUACACACAGAAACCAACACAAACUCUUCAACAACCAUCCAAUCAACCCAACACAAAUUCCUUCUCAGUUGCUACUUCAAGUAGACAAGUUCAAACGCCACCCAAUACAGACACAACCACAAGCCACAACGCUGUCCUCUCCGCUAGUGAAACCAAGGCAUCACGAACGGUCUUGCUUGCAACCGCACUCGUGAUACUUGAAGACCAUUAUGGAAAUUCUACCCUAGCUAGAGCUUUGCUUGAUAGCGGCUCUCAGUUAUGUUUCAUAUCAGAAAAUCUGUCGCAGCAGCUUAGGUUCAGACGGUCUCGAGAAAUUCUUUCGAUAAGUGGAAUUGGACAAGCCACGAAGAAAUGUAAACAGUCUGUCGUUGCUCGUAUUCGAUCCCGAGUAUCUGCUUUUGUGGAGGAGGAGACUUUCUACGUGCUACCACAAGUCACUCAGGACCUUCCAACCACGAAGAUCAAUACUAGCAGUUUGGCACUUCCCCAAGGAGUGAUUUUAGCCGAUCCGAAUUACUUUGAGCCAGGAUCAAUCGAUAUAAUAAUCGGGGUUGGAUUAUUAUUCGACGUGUUGACAGCGGAUAAAUUUAAGCUCGGAGAAGACGGUCCUGCUAUGCAUGGAUUCGGAUGGAUAAUCUGUGGUAGAAUUCCAAAUCUAUCGAACCAUUUCAGGCCAGUGCUAGAAACCUGCCGUUCUAAUAGUAUCCAUUCCGUUGAGGAAUCCGCCUGUGAAGUCUACUUCGACCGCACAACUGUGCGUGAUUCUAGCGGGCGGUUCGCCGUUUCGUUGCCCAAGAAAGAUUACCUUAUUGCUCGGCUUGGUGAUUCAAAAAACACAGCGCUCAAGCGUUUCCUUGCUUUGGAAAGGCGCCUAGUAGGUGAUGCUGAUACCAAAUUGAUGUAUACCCAGUUCAUCGAGGAGUAUCAUCGCCUCGGCCACAUGAGGGAAGUACUAGACGACGAGGAGUCUACAACGCAGCAGUACUAA